CACAGAGCAUAGCCCUUGGCACUCUUGUUCCCUAGGCAGGGAGCAACACUGUAAAAUCAAAACAAAAAAAAAUUCUUAGUUUCCUUUUCUCCGGAGGAUUCAAAUUUUUGCAGAAAAACAAUGGCGGCGGUGAUUUCUUCUGCUCCGAUGGCGGUUCCAGCCACAGCGUUGAAUGGUGCGCAAUUCGGGAAUGCCUCUCUGUAUGUCGGGGAUCUCGACGCCAAUGUGAUAGAGAGUCAGUUGUUUGAUCUGUUCAGUCAAGUGGCUCAAGUGGUUUCGAUUAGGGUUUGCAGGGAUCAGACUAGGCGAACCUCUCUCGGCUAUGCAUAUGUCAAUUUCGCCAAUGUUCAAGAUGCUGCUAUUGCCAUGGAACAUUUGAACUUCACUCCUCUGAAUGGAAAACCCAUUCGGAUUAUGUUUUCUCACCGUGACCCCAGCAUUAGGAAAAGCGGAUUCGCAAAUGUGUUCAUCAAGAAUCUUGAUGCAUCAGUGGAUAACAAGGCACUGUAUGAUACUUUUGCUGCCUUUGGAAAUGUGCUAUCUAGCAAGGUACAGGUUGAUGAGAAUGGUCAAUCAAAAGGGUAUGGAUUUGUGCAAUUUGACAAUGACGAGUCUGCUCAGAAUGCUAUCAAGAAACUGAACGGCAUGUUGAUAAAUGAUAAGAAGGUGUAUGUUGGGCUUUUUGUUCGGCGUCAAGAAAGGGCUCCGGGGAACGAUGGAUCACCAAAGUUCACCAAUGUGUAUGUGAAAAACCUUUCUGAAACAUACACUGAGGAAGACCUUAAGCAACUCUUCAGUACCUAUGGCACUAUAACCAGUGUUGUGGUCAUGAAAGAUGCAGAGGGGAAGUCCAGGUGUUUUGGUUUUGUGAAUUUUGAGAGUGCAGAUUCUGCAGCCACUGCUGUUGAGAGGCUAAAUGGAACCACAAUCAACAAUGACAAGGUUUUGUAUGUAGGGAGGGCUCAGAGGAAGGCCGAAAGAGAGGCAGAGUUGAAAGCCAAAUUUGAACAGGAAAAAAGAAAUAAAUUUGACAAACUUCAAGGUGCUAACUUGUAUCUGAAAAACUUUGAUGACAGUUUUAAUGAUGAAAAGUUGAAAGAGAUUUUUUCUGUGUUUGGAACAACGACGUCUUGUAAGGUAAUGAUGGACGCUCUUGGUCGUAGCAAAGGUUGUGGUUUCGUUGCAUUCUCUACUCCGGAGGAAGCCACUAGAGCCAUGAAUGAAAUGAAUGGGAAGAUAAUUGGACAAAAGCCUCUGUAUGUUGCAGUAGCCCAGCGAAAGGAAGAAAGGAAGGCUAAUUUACAGGCUCAGUUUUCUCAUAUGCAAAUUGCACCUUUCUCUGCUGGCAUCACUGGAUAUCAUCCAGCAUAUUUUGGUCCAGGAACAACUGGGUUUGUUUCACCUCAGGCAACAGGCUAUGGUUUUCAACCUCAAGUGUUGCCACAAAGCAUGCGUGGGGUUCCUCCAAAUUUCAUGAUGCCAUACCCCCUCCAGAGGCAGGGUCCUCCUGGACAAAGGAUGGUUCCUCCUACACGAAGGGUGGGAAAUGUAACUCUCAACCAUUCACUUCCAAUACCAAAUGUUCAAAAUGGCAUGCAUCAAUAUGUAAUGCCCCAUCAUCUGGUGAGUCCGGUUGCCAUUACUGCACCUCCUACUGAUGUCAAGACUUCUGCUACAUCAUCUACUACACUUGCUUCAGCUUUGGCUUCUGCUAGUCCGGAGAAUCAACAUAGGAUGCUGGGUGAACAUUUAUAUCCACUGGUGGAACGUCUUACUCCAAGUAACCAGACUGCAAAAGUCACAGGAAUGUUGCUGGAAAUGGAUCAAGCUGAAGUGAUUCAUCUUAUUGAAUCUCCUGAGGAUUUGAAGACAAAGGUGUCCGAGGCAAUGAAGGUGCUUCAUGAGGCAGCAGCAGGUUCUGAAGUUGGUGAUCAAACUAAAGUGAUAUAAUUUUCAGUUUUAGAUAUUUUGAGACAAUUUUGAGGUUCCAACUAGACUUUAUUUAUUUUGUCCGGACUAGAUAUUUUAGACUAUUAAGGGUGUCAAGGAUUUUAGUUUUAUAAAUUUAUGUUAUGGACUGAGUUAUAGACUUAUUAUCUUUUGGAUUUACGUUGUUUAUUUGGUUUUGUGUUUUAAUCUAUUUUAUAAUU